ACCAAACAGGACGAGGAAAAGGCAAGAUGGCGUUUUGCGGAGAAAGACGUUGUUGUGUUUAUAACAGUUCUGUGUUCUUAAUCGGUGCGUACAUGUAGACAUAUAUGUUGUUGAACCGAGUAAACAUUUUUCAUCUUUGUUUGGGUGCGGAUACAUCAGUCUAAGAGCACUUUGCUGUUUCUCGGGCUAGCUCAGCUUGCUAGUUAGCUUAGCUUGUUAGCUGCUAACAAAGAGAGGCGGAAGUGAUCGAAACACAUCGCUAAGCAGAGAUCAAGUGUGAGUGUAAAGUGUUGUGAUUGUGUGAAAAUGUGCGAAAGAACGAUAGCAGAGUACAAAGAGGAACUUUCUCGAACAAAAGAGGAGAAGGAGCGACAACGUCAACUACUGGACGCUGUUUUCAAGAAACCUCAAGUUGUGUUACACAGAACAGACGUCCAGCAGCCCCGCCGCUUUAAAGAGGAAGAAGAGGAGCCACAGCCCCCACAUAAUAAAGAGGAAGUGUGGAUCACUCAGGAAGGAGAGUGUCUUAUAGGGCAGGAGGAGGCUGAUCUCACCAAGUUUCCACUGACUGUUGUCUCUGUAAAGACUGAAGACCAUGAAGACAAACCACCUGAGUCCUCACACCUUCAUCACAAUCCAAACAACUGUGAAGAACAUCAACAGGAGUGGAGCUUCGGGAUGGUGAAGGAGGAGCCAGAGCCCUCCCACAUUAAGGCGGAAGACGAGGGGCCACAGACCCUGCAAAUUAAAAAGGAAGAAGAGGAACUACUGACCCCCUGUUUUAAGGUGGAAGAGGAGUUCACAUUGAACCUCCAUUUUAAAGAGGAAGAGGAUGACCCACUGACACCCCACUUUAAAGAGGAAGAGGAGGAACACAGCAUCAGUCAGGAGGGAGAGCAUCUUGAAUGUUUGGAGGAGUUCCCAGUGAUUGGUGUGAUUGUGAAGAGUGAAGAUGAUGAGGUCAAAGGUGAAAGUGAGGAGAAGAGAGAGGCGGAGCCUCCAAGCAGCAGCUCAACUCAACACAUGACAACAGAAGCUGAUGGAGACCACUGUGGAGGAUCACAAGCAGACAAGAUCUUAGCUCCACUAUCAGAUAGUGACGACACAACGUCUCACUCUCCUGACACUGAUGAUGAAGACUCUAAAGAUGAUAAGACAUGUCACACUGACAACACACGCUUGACAUGUUCUCACUGUGACAAAACUUUUAGUUACCGUGGUAAUCUGAAAGUACACCUGAGAAUACACACUGGAGAAAACCCAUUUUCUUGUUCAAUCUGCGGUAAAAGAUUUGGACAAAAAAAAAUGUUGAAUUUACACAUGAAAACACACACUGCAGAAAAACCUUUUUCAUGUUCAGUAUGUGGUAAAGGUUUUGUACAAAGAAGUGAUCUGAAAGUACACAUGAGAAUUCACACCGGAGAAAAACCGUUUUCCUGCUCAGAAUGUAAUGCAUGUUUUAAACAAAGUGGUAAUUUGAUAGUACACAUGAGAAAACACACGGGAGAAAAACCUUUUUCAUGUUCAGAAUGUGGUAAGGGUUUUAUAGAAGGUGGUACGUUGAAAACACACAUGCUAAAACACACGGGAGAAAAACCUUUUUCAUGUUCAGAGUGUGGUAAAGGUUUUACAAAAAGUAGUGAGUUGGGAGUACAUGUGAGAACACACACUGGAGACAAACCAUUCAUGUGCUCAAUUUGUAGUAAAAGAUUCACCCAGAAGACAAAUUUGGUAAGACACACACGAAUACACACUGGAGAAAAACCAUUCAUGUGCUCAAUUUGUAGUAAAAGAUUCACACAGAAGGCAAAUUUGAUCGUGCACACAAAAAAUACACACUGGUGAAAAACUUUUUACUGUUCAGUAUGUGGUAAAGGUUUUACACAAAGGCACUGUUUUAAUGUACACAUGAGAAAUCUGCAAAGACUCCUCCCACCCCCACCAAGGACUGUUUUCACUGCUGGACUCUAGAAAGAGGUUCCGCAGCCUCCGAAGCAGAACCUCCAGGUUCUGUAACAGCUUCUUCCCUCAGGCCGUAAGACUCUUAAACGCAUCAUAAUUAAAUUAUCCCCUCAACUCCCCACAAAAUGGAUUAACUCGCUGGAAUAAAAAAGACAAUAUAACAUAUAUCCAUAAACGUGGACGCAUGUGAAAAAGUGCAAUAUAUGUAUCUGUACACUAAUCUAUUUAUUUAUUUAUAUAUAUUAUAUAUAUUUAUUUUAUAUAUAUUAUAUAUAAUAUUUAUAUUUAUUUAUUUAUUUAUAUAUGCACCUUAUUGCUUUUUUAUCCUGCACUACCAUGAGCUUAUUAAUGAAAUUUCGUUCUUAUCUGUGCUGUAAAGUUCAAAUUUGAAUGACAAUAAAAAGGAAGUCUAAGUCUAA